AUGGGACAUGUGGGCAGAUAUGCCCAGCUGUCUGACUUAUCGUUGCCACAUUCGAAUGACGACGUCGACAGCACUACAGCAGACGGGCAAAAACAGACUUUGAGAAUGGAAGUGGUGGCAGCGCCCCCAAGCGGCGGUGGAGUGCCGCCUUUUCACGAUCACGACGUUCGCGAGUGGUCGCGACUCGACAGUUUGACGGGAGUGCUCGAACGAGCCCGACUCGAAACGGACAAUUGGACCGCUAACACAAGCAACUCCAGACACAAAUACAAUAAGCUAACAGGCGGAGAAAGCGAUUAUUUAAAGCCGAGCUCAGAAUUUGCUGCCGAGGCCUUAGCUGAGGCUGCAAAUCUGAUGGAUGCAGUAGUUAAUUUGUUUCCUCCGCCUAUUUUUCCAAGAAUUUAA